UUUUGCUAACUGAAUAGUAAUUUUUGCUCUGUGCGUGUGAGAAAAGGAAGAAAAAGAGAGGUAGUAUAGAGAGCUGCUGCUGGUGUUUUGGAAGAAGGGUUACGAGGCUUUUUAUUAUUAUUGUUCGUACUACUCGUGCCCGGUUCCACCUCCUUUAUCCUGGCGAAAGGUUGGACGGUUAAAAAUGGAGGCGGAUAGAUCCGGCGGAGGACCAAACCCGAGCUCCGGAGGCGGCGGCAGCAGCAGCGGAGCGGGGCGCAACCCAAACGGGCCCAAAGCAGCAGCAGCAGCCGCAGCAGGAGCAGCACCGGGCCAGCAGCAGCAGACAUCGGUUGCUGCGGCGACCGGAGCCAUGGCAGCAGCGGCGGCGGCGGCAGCAGCAGCAGCCGGUGGAGGGGUUUCCAUGCCCGGAUCGUCGCAGCAGUUGCAGCAGCAGGCUCGGGAGCUCCAGCAGGACGGGGACGCGGGGAUGACGCUUCCUGGGAUCCUUCACUUCAUCCAGUACGAGUGGGGACGCUUCCAGGCCGAGAAAUACCGCUGGGAGGCGGAGAGAGACGAACUCAGGGCUCAGGUGGCGUUCCUACAGGGUGAGAGGAAAGGGCAGGAGAAUAUGAAACAGGACCUAGUGAGGCGGAUCAAGAUGCUGGAGUACGCCCUCAAACAAGAGAGGGCUAAGCACCAGAAGCUGAAGACAGGAAACGACCAGAGUCCCGGAGACAAGAAACCAGAGACAGAAGCAGACCAACUUCCCAAUGGGCCGGCUGAGUCAGAUGCUGAGCCAGCCAAUCAGAUGUCCUGGAAGGAGGGACGUCAGCUACUACGCAAAUAUCUCGAGGAAGUGGGUUAUUCAGACACUAUCCUGGACAUGCGGUCCAAGCGCGUGCGUUCGCUGCUCGGGCGGAGCAGCCCCGAGGCUAACGGGCCUCCGCCCAUUGAAACCUGUCCUGAGCCAGAGCCCCGGGCGGGCGGAGAGUCGUUGUUGGUCCGACAGAUAGAGGAACAAAUAAAGAGCCAACAGAACAAGAUGGAGAAAAGCUGUCUAAAACGGAGGGCAUCCUCCAUCAUGACAACAUGGAACGCGGGCAAGGAAAGCUCUAAGGAACGUCUGGGCGGCUCGGUGCUCGAUAAGAUCCCCUUCCUGCACGGCUGCGAGGACGACGACGAAGACGACAGCGACGAGGAGGACGACUUCCAAGGCAUGGCCACUGACUGCAUCGACGGACCGCGCAAGAGCAAGAAGUCUCGUGUAAAGAUGGGUUCGGAGCCCAUGACCACAGACCUGGACCCGGAGGACGAGGAGGACGAAGACGACUCGGAAGACGCCCUCAGUGAAUUUGACUUCCUGGGCUCGGGGGAGGAUGGGGAGGGGGCGGGAGAGGCCCGGAUUUCGGGGGACGGACGGGAGUUAGAGAACCGCAGGAACAAGUUGCAAGGCAUGAUGUCGGAUUUCCCCCCUAAACCCACCCCGCCCCCGUCUGUGUCGGGACAGGCUCGCUCUGGUGAAGGUGGCGCCCUGGGCUUCUCAUCCGACGUCUUCAUUAUGGAUGCAGUUGGAGGAGGGGACAUGAACCUGGGUGAACUGGCUGAUCUCACCGUCGCCAACGACAACGAUCUUUCCAUGGAUAUGCAGGAUAACAGAGAGGAGUUUAAGAAGACGUGGAACCCUCGUUUCACACUACGCAGCCACUUUGAUGCCAUCCGCGCUUUGACCUUUCACCCCAGCCAAGCGGUGCUGCUCACGGCCUCCGAGGAUGGAACACUAAAACUGUGGAACCUCAACAAGGCCAUGCACUCGAAAAAGAACGCAGCGUUGGAUGUGGAGCCCAUCUACACAUUUAGAGCACACAGUGGAGCUGCUCUGUCGCUGUCCAUGGGCGAGGACGGGGAAUCCUGCUACAGCGGGGGUCUAGAUGGAGCCGUCAGAUGUUGGAAGAUGCCAGACCUCAAUGUGGAUCCUUAUGAUAACUAUGAUCCUGGCAUCGAGAGCAGCGUACUAGCCGGCCACGAGGACAGCGUUUGGGGUCUAACGUACUCGGCAGUUCACCAUCGUCUCGCCUCGUGCUCGGCCGAUGGCACCAUUCGCAUCUGGGACCCUCAGAACUCGGCUCCCUGCCUGUCCGUCUUCAACAAGGAGAGAGAGCACGGCACACCCACCUCAGUAGCCUUUGUGGCCGCUGACCCUAACCAGGUGGUGGUGUCGUUCGACGCCGGCGAGACGCUGCUCUACGACCUCAACACAGAGCAGAGCGUCAUUGCGUUAGAGACGCAGACCAAGGAUGGCAGUGAGCUGAUCAACCGUGUGGUCAGUCACCCGAAUGAGUCCGUCUCCAUCACUGCACACGAGAACCGCACCAUCCGCUUCCUAGACAAUAAGACAGGUAAAGUCGUCCACUCAAUGGUGGCUCACCUGGAUGCGGUCACCUGUCUCACUACAGACCCUAAAGGCACUUACCUCAUCUCUGGCAGCCACGACUGCUCUGUGCGCCUGUGGAUGCUGGACAACAGGACGUGCGUGCAGGAGAUCACGGCUCACAGGAAGAAGCACGACGAGGCCAUCCAUGACGUGGCCUUCCACUCCUCGCAGCCCUUCAUCGCCAGCGCCGGCGCAGAUGCACUUGCCAAGAUCUUUGUCUGACAGCACUGACGUCAUUCUGAGUCCUACAAAACCUACUGGGCCAAAAGAGACUGAAGACUACAGUGGACAAAUUUCACCUGCUUACACACACACACAUACACGUAACACACACACACUUGUCCUGCACCCCACUGGCUGGGUCAUCGCCACAGGACGUCACCUCCCCCCCUCAAUCCCUCUCUGUUCUCUGAUGCCUCAGUGACUUCUUGUAAUACUAAUCACACUGCUUUUUUAUACAAAUCCCGGCUGCUCCGUUUUUCAAAUAAUCAUGUUUGGAGUAACACUUUUCUACACUACAAUACUCUGUUCUGCUUUUUUUUUUCAUUCUACCAACACUUAUUGCAAACCACCGUGUGUGUGUGUGUAUAUGUGUGUGUGACUGUAAACUGCUGACACACUACUCACAAAACCACCAAGGAAACGCUCGCACUGCACAGCGCACACGAUGCACCGAUAAUGCAACACCGCAUUUCAUUUGAGAUGUUUCUUUUCUAACAACUUGCUUGUGGCUAACACACGUAUGUAGGCAUGACUAAUAACGGUUAUCUCUCCCAGUGUCGGCGGUAGAAAACACCUGACUAACCUCCUCAUUGGGAAUCAAUGUAUUACAUUCCAAAGACUCCAGGUAGAUUGUGUGUGUGUGCUGUCGUAUUCGGGGGUUGGAGAAUGUUAAACUUAGUUGUGUGUGUGUGUGAACCAUUAGACAGUUGCUAACCAGUGUUGAACAAAUAGCUUUAAUUUCAACUUUAUGGCCAAGUCUCAUUGUGUGUCUGAGUAUUGUAGCGUCCCAACGAUUCUGUGUGUGUGUGUGAGAUAAAAUGUCACUCUGCUGUACAAGAUAAAUGAACAUAUUUCCACAAUCAUGGUCCAUUUCCACAGACUGAUGCUCUCUCACACCACAUACCAGCUAAAGAUAGAUAUCACGAGAGUGCAGUUAGACUUACAGGGGUAGUGAGGCCAGUCUGUAUGCUCUCAACAAAUGACACGGAUCGUAUCAUUUGGUGCUUUUUACUGUACAGAAGAGUGUGCGCAUGUUUGUAUAUGCACUAGUUUAAAUCACGGUGCUACGAAAAGACCUCGUCCUUCUUGAGUCAGAAUCAGGGACCUGUUUUUGUGUGUACGUGAGAAAGAGAGACUGUGUUUCUCACUCAUCGGAGCUAUAGAGCGGAAUCUGCUUUUUAAAUGACAUUUCAUCGUCUAAUCAUUUCAUUAACCGUGGUCACAUUUCAGAAUCGACGGUCGCCGUCAACGUCUCUCAUUAGAGGGGCAUGAAUAAUGUCGGCAUUGAUCGUUUCAGGCUUGAGGAGUGUACAGAGCUGGUGGUAAUUAUAUUACGGCGAGGACUGAAAAGGUUUCUUCAGAUGAGAGCCGUUCAGAUUUCAUUUCAUCUUGGAAGUCGGCGCCAGUUUGUAGGCGGCGGUGCUCGGUUCUGGGUCGUUGUUAUUUAUUCAGGCUUUCAAAAAAGAAAACUUGUGUGUGUGGAGGUUGAGGUUUUUCCUCGUCUUGUUUUUGACGUGCAUCAGUUGCACAGUAGCACAUUACCCAGAGAGCUGAUGAUGAUGUGAAGCUGGUCUCCUCUUUCUGAAGAGGAAGGGGAGAAAUGGCUCCAGGAGGGAGAAAGAAAAAGGAAUAAAGUCCAUUUUAAAUUCAGCCACUUUUGUCAUUUCAGAAAAGAGAAAAAAAAUAAGAAAGAAUUGAUUUAAGAUGGGCGGGUUGAUAUUAGUAUCAUGACUCUGAACCUAAUAUUGUUCCUUUAUGACACCUCACAUCUAUCUCUGUCUGUGUCCUGCAUUUAUACUGAUAAUAACUGCAGGACGCAUGUUUGUUUGUUUGCCCCUUAACAGCUGACCUGACUUCAACUUACUUGGUAAUUUGACCUUAUUACCUCGAGAAGACUGAUAAAAUCUGGUGUUAAAUCAGUUGUUUAAGGGGCAUCCUCCACUUCUUCAAGAUUACAGGGUCACACUAGGGGUCAGAGGUCAGAUCUAAGGGUUCAAAGUAGCCUAGAGGUGAACGCUUCUCUCCUAAUCACUGGGGAUACUAGCAUUCAUAGUUUUUCUUCCUGAAACAGGGUCUAAAUUUAGACAAGUUUCCGGUUGCAAAUCCAUUAUUGUACUGCUGCUGGACAUGACGUCCUGUUAUCACAUUCAACUACUAUCUGGCUCCACUUUGCACUACAUCUAAUCGUGGAUGCUCCUGGUGAGGAGUGGUUACAGACAGGGUGCAGAAAUAAUGUUUCGUAUACAAUCUGGAGUAAAUACUACAAGGGUGGAAGCUGCUGUGGCUCCCAGUUAUCUGAUAGUGAGAGUUACUGGUGGCCCACCCUCUCUGAGAAUAAAGACAAAUCAGUAGGACACAUCAAAAAAGAAAAAAAAAGGAAUCGAAACAGAGGUUGUAAAUGAUGACUAGAGAUGCCAUCACGUGCUGUAAAUGUCCAUCAUUUCCUUGUUUUCUUUCUUGCAUUUCUUUUCUUUGACUAUGAUUAUUAAGAUGUAAGAAUACUGUAGUAUCAUAAGUGAAUCAUUCUUCCUCGCUAGGCAUAGAAACUUGCUUGUGAUUGAUAAUGGCAAUGUAUAACUUGUAAAAAAGCAAAAUGAUUAAAAAACAUGAAAAACGAAGAAAACAAGUUUAAAAAAAAAAAAAAAAAAGAAAUCUGUUACCAGUCAGAGGCCAAGGUAAAGGACUCUCAUUUCUUUGUGUUUUUAUUUUUUUAUUAGCAAUUUAUCACUGUGUGAUAUUUUGUACAUCAUAUUAAGCUGUAUUCAAACUAUUUCCUCUAACUACAAGGGAUAAGAGACCUGCUUUUUAUUAAUUUUGUUUUAUUAUAUAUUUUUGAACUGCAUUCUAGCUUGUAUCAAAUGACUUUCUCUUUUUGUUUACGGGUCCCCUGUUGUAUGUCAUUAAGGAAGAAAAAAACAAAAAAUGAAGAUUUUGUACAGUGAA